AUGUCCCCCAUCGUCUUCGACCUUCAUCAUGGUGGUCGCACAACCGAAGCCUUUGGUCGCCACUGCCAAUACCUGCUGCGAACGAAAUUCGACGAGAAAACCAACAUUCCCAAGACGAAGUUCCCCCUAACCUUGCGCGCUGAAGCUCGCCAAAUCGUCAACAUGGCUCACAGCGCGUUCGGCAACAGAGCCCAGCUGAAAUGGUCAUUUGAUAAACUUUCCAGGAAACUCGACGAACUUUCUUCAGGCCAGCUUACCCCUGAACAAGCGCAGGAGCUUCGCGAAGCGUUUGAGCCACUGGGGAAGCGCCUUGAGACCGGAAGGCUCCCUUGUUUAACGGAACCAGUGUGCUUCGUGGAUUCGGACGGGGUUAUCGGGUUUUGGAGUUUCCCCAAUGCCAUCCAGAGAAAGCGACAGGACAUCCUGUUGAACGCUGUUCAACAGCUCUCUCGAAGCAGUGGGUUGGACCGCGUGGACAAUGGACCCCACCGUUUUUUCCACCACAGAGAAAAUGCGCUCGGUUCGGGCGAAGCAGAGCUGGCGUUGUGCACUGUACCUGAUGGGGCAAAGGUGCCGACCCUGUCCCAAACCUUACUUGGGCAGAAGCGCGCAACGUACAUCGGGUUUCUUGAAGAAAUUGAAGAAAGCUUUGCCGUGCUUGGAGGCAUCCUUGCCGUCACUCAUCCUUGGUUGUUCGACGCCGCCCUCGCCGUUCUUUCUUCAAUGGAAGAGGGCAAGAUUGAUAUCUCGCAGCCGGAAAAUCUUCACCAAGUCCUUACCUUCUGGUCAGCCCCGUUUACCAAAUUCAAAGUCGUCACCAACCGCGAAACCGUCCUCCAAAGGAACCUCAACAGCCCUCCCUGGACCUAUGACCUCGUCUGGACCGGUGGUACCUUGUCCAACGGCCGUUUCGAGUGCCCUAGCUUGGGGUAUCGAUUCAUCAAUGACCCCGGUACUGUCUUCGUAGGACUUCUCGGUAUCCUCGAACACGGCAUCGCGCUUGGCAAGUCCGAACAAGUCCAGUUUUUUGCUUCGUUCGAGGAGUCUAUUCUUAAGCAUGUCCCCCAGCAUUACAUACCUAAAGCGCCCACUGUGGACCUUUGGAGAGGGUAUUGGUAUCAUAAGUAG